CUCUCUUUUAGUAAGGAAGUUAACUUUCCUUGCAUCUUGAGUAUUUGAAAGUGUGCCAGUAAACAGCAAAAUGAAUAACAAAGCACAUUUCAUUAGACAAUUCAGUACUUUACUUCCAAGAAGCAGAGCUUUAAGGAUAUAUCCCCUGGGAUUUUGCAGACCAGAAGUUAUUCAUUCAAAACGGAACCCGAGAAACUGUCUGUUAAAUGGUUUUGACGAGGGCUUGCAACCAUCUGUCCGACACCUCUUUCGGAAUAUGUUUAUUUUGAACUCAUUAGGUGGUUGUACUCAAACUAAAGGCAUAGGCCGUGCAGCUGUUUUUAAACAUGGCGGAAUCCUUUGUCCUAAAAGAAUGUCAAAACAUUGUUUUGUCUCUGAUGGGGCAUCUGAUCGUGAUUUGAUGACAACAGACUUUCAUCGUACCUCCAGUGAGGAUGUGCUUAGCAAGAAAAUGAGGCCAACCCCUGUGAAUCAUAAGAAGCUGGCCCAGGAGUGUAACUCUCUGAGUGAUGUGCUGGACGUGUUUUCAAAAGCGCCUACGUUUCCCAGCAGUAACUACUUCUUAGCGAUGUGGAUGCUUGCCAAAAGAAUAUCUGAAGACAAGAGGCGCUUUGAAAUCCAGCUGAUGUUCAGUCAUCCCGCCUUUAACCAGCUGUGCGAUCAAAUGAUGAGAGAAGCCAAGAUUAUGCACUGCGACCACCUUUUGUUCAGUCUUAAUGCUGUUGUGAAGCUUGGAGUCCCCCAGAAUACUCUGAUGGUCCAGACUUUGCUGCGGGUGAUUCAGGAGCGUAUCAAUGAGUGUGACGAGAGAUGCCUUUCAGUUUUGUCAACUGCCCUAGAGACCAUGGAGCCAUGCAUGAAUGUGAACGCACUCCGCGCAGCACUGCGAAUCAUAGUUGACCAGCAAGUUUGGAAGAUGGAACAUAUCUUCACAUUACAAACAGUGAUGAAGUGUAUCGGCAAAGACACACCACCUGCUCUUAAGAAGAAAUUGGAGAUGAAAGCCUUGAAGGAAUUAGGCAGAUUUUCUGUCUUGAAUUGCCAGCACAUGUUUGAGGUAUUAGCUGCCAUGGAUCACCGCUCUGUUGUCCUUCUGAAUGAAUGCAGUAAGGUGGUCGUAGAUAAUAUCCAUGGGUGUCCUUUUAAAGUAUUGUUUGGCAUACUGCAGUCCUGUAAAAACCUUCGGUACCAAAAUGAAGAUCUCUUUAAGAGCAUAGCAGAUUAUGUGGCUACAACUUUUGACAUGUGGACAUUGAAACAAGUUAUCUUUGUCCUCUUGUUAUUUGAAACUCUUGGUUUUCGGCCUCCUGGUUUGAUGGACAAGCUCAUGGAGAAAGUAGUGGAGGAGUCUGGCUCUCUGAACAUGAAGAACGUCAUCUCUAUCCUCCACGUGUACUCCUCUCUCAAUCACGUCCACAAAGGCCAGAGCAGAGCGUUCCUAGAAGCUAUGGCUAGUGCUCUGACUAGCUGUCUUCACCAUAUCUCUUCUGAAAACCUAUUGAAUGCAGUGCAUUCAUUUUGCAUGAUGAAUUAUUUCCCCCUGGCCCCUAUUAACCAGCUUAUCAAAAGGAACAUCAUCUAUGAACUGCUGACUUCAGGUGACACAGAGAAAAAUAUUCAGAAGCUUCACGUUUUGAAUACAUGUCUACAACUUGACGAAAGUGCUUACAACAAAGCUGUACACAUCCCACUGCCACAGCUGCCACCGUCACCAUCACAUCCAAACGAGAAGCUUGCAGAGGUGCUCAGCAGCCUUCUGGAAAGUGAAGGAUGCUUCUCAAGAAAUGUUCAGUUGCCACAUAAUUAUCACAUUGAUUUUGAAAUAAGAAUGGACACUAACAGAACCCAAGUGUUUUCAUUUUGUGAUGGAGAUUCAGCUUCUGCCACAAACAUGCAGAGAGUAGCAGUGCUGUGUGUUCCUAAGUCUUUCUACUGUUUGAAUUCAAGCCACCCCAGAGGAUUGUUGGCUAUGAAAAUUCGACAUUUGAAUGUCAUGGGUUUCCAUGUGAUCUUGAUCAAUAACUGGGAGCUGAGAAAAUUAAAGAUGGAGGAUGCAGUCACAUUCGUGAAGGCGAAGAUCUAUUCAGAUGACGCGUUUCCCACUACUGAUGCAACCAUGUAAAGCAUGGAUUAAGGCAAACACUUAACUUAUCAAAGCACACACAGUUGUAAAUAUGACUUUAA